GAAGAGGGUCAUGUUCCACACGAAUAACAGCAGUGUGCUUGGUUGAGCGUGUCGCUUGCUCUUCAUUUCAGCGGGAACAGUUGGAGCCCCGCUGGGGAACCGAACCGAACCGAGCCGAGCCGCGCUGCUCGCUUGUUCGUGUGUGUUUGCUGCGCGGUGUCGGCGGAGGAACUUGAGGGGAGGAGGAGGAGAUAAGCUGUGCUGCAGCUGUGCGUUACUGGGUCGCUGCUAAAUCACACGCACGUACACGGACUCGCUGUGACGGCGGGGGCACGUGCGGUGAGGGCAGAGCCUGCGGACCCGGUACCGAGUGAGUGGAUGUCGCAUGACCAAAUUCGUUGGAUGUCCUCGCCAUUCGGCUCGGAUUGUGAAUAGUAGCGCCUGUUCUGGUGGAUGAAGCCGGUGCAGCCUGCUUCUGGACUGUAGAGACUCGGGGCGGUUUCGUGAGACAGCGUCCCUCGCCACCGUCGCCAAAAGGAGUCCAUGUCUUUCUUGGACUGUUCCUGCAUCUUCCAAGCUCAAGUCCAACCUGUGGCCCUAGAGGAGCGCUAUGAAGACACCAGCCACCAAUUCCUGAGCUCUGAACUCUCAGAAUACACGCUGCCAGGGACCCCUGGCAGCAAUGACAUCACAGGACUGUCUGCCGACCCAGCCCACUACCAGCUGCUGUUAGAGCUCGGGAGGGGCUUCAACAACCUGAGCCAGGUGAGCAUGGCACGCCACAGCCCCUCUAGCCAGCUGGUGGCAGUCAAGCACACCAACUUAGAUGAGUGCACUGAGGAGGAGCUGCUGCAGCUGUUGAAGGAGAUUCUGGGCUCCAGGCAGUUCCGUCAUCCUAACUUGCUGACCUCACGUCUAGUUUUCAGCUCCUGUUGCCAGCUCUGGGUCCUGAUGCCACUCAUGACAUACGGCUCUGCAGACAACUUACUGAGGACAUACUUCCCAGACGGAAUGAGUGAAUCCUUGAUCGCAUACCUGCUGCAUGGUGUGCUGAAGGCUCUGGAAUACCUGCACCAGAUGGGCUAUGUCCACAGGGGCGUGAAGGCCAGUCAUAUCCUGCUGUCAGGUGAGGGUCACGUUUACCUGUCAGGGCUCCACAGUGUUUACAGUAUGAUGCGGGAAGGGAAGAGGAUGAGGGCGGUCUUCGACAUGCCCCACCACAGCCCAGCACUCCUCCCCUGGCUCAGCCCCGAACUGUUGCGACAGGAUCUGCAUGGCUAUGGAGUCAAAUCGGACAUCUACAGUCUGGGUAUUGUGGCCUGUGAGCUGGUCAGUGGCAGGGUGCCUUUCCAGGACAUGCCCCCCACCCAGAUGCUGCUUCAGAAGCUGCGUGGCUCCAGCUACUGCCUGCUGGAUGUGGCUCCCUUCCCCCUGGGCGAGCUCGGGGGGCUCAAGGUUUCACGGUCUGGGGUCGACUCUGGCAUUGGGGAGAGCGUGGCCACAGGCAGCCUGACACACACUGCCACUGCCCCCGCCUCCAACAGACCUCAAAGCCCUGGACCCAAAAACCACUCGGCCACCCUGCACAACCUGGUCCAGCAGUGUCUGCAGCAGCAGCCUGAACGCAGGCCAUCAGCAUCUGCACUGCUGAGCCAUGCCUUCUUCAAGCAGGUGAAGAGGCAUACCAGAGACUCCUUCCUCAGCCUCAUGUACCCAGCGGUGCCCCUCACCAGCCCCGAGGACCCUCCAGUCUCCUGCCCCCCAACCCCGUCCUGCCAUGGUUGGACGCCCCCUGCUGGCGAGGCCGCCGAGGGAGUGUGGGACUUCUCAUGAGCCGCCUUCCCACAAAUCUCCCAGAGCCAACAAGAGAACCAAACUUGAGACAAUCAGAGCAAAGCGAUUAGGCCAAAAUCUACUGUGCAUUCAUGUUACCAUCAAGCCAAUUAACUGAGCCUUUAUUACACCAAUA